AUGUUCCUGACACCCUACGUCCUCCUCACCCUGGCGGCCAUCGCUUCGUCCACCGCCCCGAGCGACUUCAGACCCUGCAUAGAGAUCUCCAGCGAGCUGCGGUUCCCCUGCGCCUGCGCCCUGGGCCCCGUCGAGCAGGCCCUGGACGGCAACCCCGCCAUAUCCGUCGACUGCGACAGGGUGGUGUUCUCCAGCGAGGUGCCAUCGCUGCCCUACGGGGCGCCCAUCGUGUACUUCAGGCAGCGGUGGGCCGGACACCAGUCGCUACCAACGCAGGUUUUCACAUCGACAGACCUACCCCUCCGCAGCAUAGACCUGUCGGGCAACUCCCUGCGGAGGCUGACCGAACGGAUGCUGCAGCACCUCCAGGCCACCCUGGUGGAGCUCAGGCUGGCAGACAACCUCCUGGGGGACACUCUGAACCCCAUAUUCUCCACCACUGAGUUCCACGGGCUCACCCAUCUGCAGCUGCUAGACCUCAGCGGAAAUGGCGUUAGGGCCAUCGAGGAGGGGAUUCUGGAAGGAUGUGAAGCUUUACAGGAACUCUAUUUGGAUAGGAACAGCUUCACGACCAUACCAAGUAGCUCACUAAAUGGUCCAGAAAAAUUGAGAGUUUUAUCUCUGAGAGACAACAGGAUAGAAAUAGUUAAAUCCGAAGCAUUCUUAGCACAGCAGUAUCUCGAGCAAAUAGAUCUGAGCAACAAUUUGAUCACCCACAUCGAGAGCAGUGCAUUUUCACCUCUGGAAAAACUGAAAAGGCUGAAGUUUUCACACAACAGAUUAUCGAGACUGAACAGUGACGUUUUUCAAGGCUGCGAAAAUCUGGUGGUACUCGAUCUAUCGGAAAACUUCAUCGGUGAAUUUCCCAGUGUGGCACUGAAAAGUUUUCAAAAUCUGAGAUAUUUGAACUUGUCAUCCAAUCUCAUUCAGAAUUUGGACAAUACUCAUCUAGCUCCUCUGCGACAUUUGUAUCAUCUAGAUCUGAGCAGAAAUAAUCUGGCUAACAUAGUUCCGGGAGCUUUUUUGGGACUGAAACAAUUGAGGAAGUUAGAUAUUGGCGUCAAUUCACUGAGAACGAUUGAAGACGAUGCCUUUGAAGGCUUGGACAACUUGGAAUUCCUCAACCUAAAAGACAACAACAUUCUUCUGAUCCCGGCCUCAGCCUUGGGACGAUUGCCACGGCUAACUUCCCUCCAACUCGACUACAACCGAGUAGCAGCACUCUCCGGAGACAUAUUACGGUCAAUCGCCGACAAAGUCACCAAACUGGUUAUCUCGAAGAACAUAGUCCGCGAACUACCGUCAGCCUCGUUCCAGUACUUCCAACAACUGGAAAGUUUGGAUCUGUCCAGGAAUUUGUUGAACUCGUUGAACGCUGAAGCGUUCUCGGGGCUGGAAAACACACUUACAGAACUGGAUUUAUCACAAAAUCGUAUCACCAAUCUUGCUGCAGCACCUCUGGCACUGUUGAAACUACAAAGGUUGGACAUCAGUGACAACCACUUGACGGAAAUCUCUAGAAACGCGUUCAGCAUGGUACCAGCUUUGCAAUACCUCAACAUCAGCAGGAAUAUACACAUGGGAACCCUGCCAUUCAACUUAUUGCACAAGCUAACUCAGUUACAAGUCCUGGAUAUGACACACGGGGGUGUUAGGUCACUUCCGACAGAGUUCUUCGCGAAGUCCAGAGCCAUGUUGAAAAUAUACCUGGGACAUAACGGUUUAACAGAUCUAGCGGACGGUAUUUUUGCUGAUAUGCCUAACAUUACAUUGAUAGAUUUGUCUUUCAACAACAUUAGUAACAUCAAAACCGGGUCUUUCGUCAAUGUCAUGAACAUCCGAACUUUGCUGCUGAAAGGAAACCAACUCAGCUCCUUCAAAGGAGAGUUCUUCAAUACCGGUACUAGCCUCGAGGUCCUCGACAUAUCUCAAAACCAGUUAAGUUACCUGUUUCCAUCGUCCUUCAGAAUUCAUCCCAGGCUGAAGGAAAUCCACGCUAGCAGUAACAAGUUCAACUUCUUCCCGGCAGAGCUCAUAGCUAACCUACAAUUUUUGCAAUACAUAGAUUUGUCAAACAACCAGUUGAAAACCAUUGAGGAACUCGACUUUGCUAGGUUACCCAGACUAAGAUCUCUGAUUGUAGCCAAUAAUCAGAUCGAAUCCAUAAGUGACAUGGCAUUCCAUAACUCCACGCAGUUACAAGUACUAGAUCUGAGCAAUAACAAGCUCGACAGGCUAGGUGACAGAACAUUUGAAGGCCUAGUACGCUUAGAGAUGCUGAAUCUAGAAGGCAACAUACUGUCCGACUUACCAGAGACCAUUUUCGAACGUAGUAGACUUCAGAUGUUGGAAAAUGUGAAUCUAGCAAGAAACCUUUUUGAAAUAGCUCCCUUGAAGUCCCUACAGAGACAGUACUUCUUCGUGUCCUCGGUAGAUCUGUCACAUAAUAAGCUCAGGGAGAUUCCGGCAGAUGACAGCAUCAUGGUCAAUAUAAAGAAGCUGGAUUUGUCUUUCAAUCCCUUGUCCGAAACGGCAGUACAGAACAUACUGGGGGAGCCUAAGACAGUUAGAGAACUGAAUCUGGCCGGUACUAACAUGAAAGCGGUACCGCAUCUGGAGACGCCGUUUUUGAAGCAUCUGAAUUUGUCGCACAAUGACAUCUCGAUGCUCAAUGUGGGGAUAUUUGAAAGGGUUACUUUGUUGGAAGAGUUGGAUUUGUCCAAUAAUAAGAUUCCUGAUGUGUCGAAUUACUCGCAGAUAUGGAAACUGCUCCAUAAUCUACAGUCAUUGAACAUUUCUGAUAAUCCAAUAGGUGCUAUUUCCAAUAAUGAUCUUGUUGGACUGGAUAAUCUCAGACAUUUGAGUCUCCAUUCUCUACAAGAAUGCAGUCGGAUAGAAAAGAACGCUUUCAAGGCCAUACCGAACUUAUCGAUUCUAGAUGCGUACGGUUACCCAAAACUAGGAUACCUCGAUGUUCAGGGUCUGUUACAAAAUAUGCCUCUCUUAGAGAAGAUCAACAUCGAAACUAAAGAUGCAGCCAUAGGAAAAGACCAACUGCAGUCUCUGCUACAUCCUCGGCUGAGAGAACUUGGAGUGAGGGGCUCGAGAUUGAGGAGUAUUUCUUCGGGAACUUUAUCGGGACUUAAAGGUCCAGAAGUGAUCAUCAGACUGAUGAACACCUCCCUAACGUCCCUUCCUCCGGCGCUGUUCUUCCCGGUGCCCAGAUCCACCCGGAUCACCCUGGACGUCACCGGCAGCCAGCUGACGACCAUCAGCCAGCAAGUUCUGGCGGCGCUGGAGGACCGAAGAGGCGACCUCAAGAUCGUCGGCCUCAACACCAACCCGAUCGUGUGCGACUGCGCGGCCAGGGCGCUGAGGAGGUGGCUGCCCAUGCACAUGACGAGCAUCAGGUGUGCGGGACCGGAACACUUGGCAGGAAAGCUCUUAGUUCAGAUCGGUGACGACGAACUCACUUGUGAUCCUCGGAAGAUUACCAUCACUUCGACCCAAUCCUCCACCUCCACUCUGACGAGAGGGACACGCUUCAAAACGAAGGCUACGGAACCGGAAAUCAUAUGGUCCAUGCCGACAACCGAAAAGCCGAAGUCCAAAUUACCCCAAAGCGGACAAUCGACUUUGAACAACGAUGACACACUCAUUAUAGGAAUAGUUGGAGGAGUAGUGGCUUUCAUAGCUAUAUUGAUUAUCAUAAUAUGUAUAAUAAGGUUGAGGAUGAGCGGCACCCAAUACAGGGGCGGCCCUUUGGCCAGCGGCGCCCCGGUCGUCGUCGGCCCCGGCAGCAGCUGCGCGUGCAGUGUGAAGGGCGCGCCUCCUGUGUACGCCGUGCCGCCCUACGCCGCCGCCUACGCUACGCUGCCGCCCAAGAUGGGCGGCGGGCAGCACGCGCGGGUCUCGAGCUACUCCACGAUGGGCAGGGUGCCCUAUCUGCAGACCGGGCAGCCUUAUUUCAUUGCGGCGCCGCAGAGCGACGAGAAGGUGUAUCGGUAG